UUUAGAUGUGUUUAGAUUUUUAUUUAGAUCCACGACAUUUUGAAAUUUACAGUUGCACAUGAAGAGAGGACUGAGAGCCAAAAUCCACAUUCAUUCCCAAAUCUAGGAUUUCACUUGACGCGUUUCGCAUUGGAUGAACGGUGGAUAUACGGUAAAUAAGAUGCACGUCGCGUUUAUGGAUAAGGGAGACAAGCUUCCUCCAUCCAGACUCUUGACAGUUCUUGGAAAACACUGAUUCCACAUGCAUACCGCCUUUUAUUCCGAACUUUCGCUUUCUGUUAUAAUGGUCAGCCUCGCUACCAAAAAUGAAGCAUCGCAGGAACUCUUGUGACAGUCGUGGAGAAGUUUGGCUUAGUCAACAUCAAACUACAUUUGCGUCUGCACAGAAUCAUUCGUCUAUGCUUUGAGAUCAUGGAGGAGUGUCAUGAGUGGGCUUCAGUUCAGAAUGGUCCAUCACAAUGACAACGACCAUACAAAUGCACCACCCAAACCCGCAGAGCCUCCGAAACCCUGCUCCGUCCCACCAACACACUUUCACCCUUUCCGGGACCAGCAGGAAUGCAAUCUCAUCAAACAGGCUGUGGUUUACUUGACUCACAGUGGAUUUUACUGGGGCCCUUUGGAUGUGGACGAAGCUCAUGCGAGAUUGGCAAAACUUCCCCUUGGGACGUUCCUGAUACGGGACAGCAUGCAGGCCAACGUAUUCUUCACGCUCAGCUAUCGGGCUCCUGAAGGCCCGACCAGUGUUCGAGUACUGCUGAAGAACGAAAGCUUCAGUUUAGCAGGUAGCAAACACACUUUUUCAUGCAUUUUUGGACUGCUGGGAUACUACAUUGCAUCUCCGAAAAAAAGUUUGAGCAGGCCGUAUCGAGGGGAUGUCCCACAAACCCUACAGGAACUUGCAAGACGGGCUGUAGUGCAGAGUUUUGGAAAAGAUAGUAUUUCACAACUGCCUGUGAGCAAAAAACUUAAGGAAUUUAUAUGGUUGUACCCUUUUAGCAUAUGAAUGAGUGUGUUGUUUAUGCAGUAUGAAGAUGCUGAAGUUACUUGCAGCCCUCGAUCAUUUCAUAGGAUUCUGAAAUGAAAUAAAAACAUGUAUUUAUGUCCGUCAUGAUUGUUUGGACUAUUCUAUGAUUUAACACAUGAAAGCACUACAAAACAGUUUGAUAUGACAUACGCAGGAAGGUUAGCACAAUUGGACUUUGGUUGCUUUAAAGGGAUAGUUCACCCAAAACUGAAAAUUCUGUCAUUUACUCACUCUCAAGUUGUUCUAACCCUGUUUUUUUAUUCUGAAUAACAAAAUUAAGAUAUAUUGAAAAAUGUUGGAAACCUGUAACCAUUGACAUCCAUAAAAGGAAAAACAAAUACCAAAGUCAAUGGUUACAGCAUUUUACAGCAUGGUUAUCUGCAUUUUGGAAACUCAAAGUCAAGCUGGUUUGAAACUUGGCUGUAACUCAAAGUCAAGCUUGUUUGAAACUCAAUUGUAACUUAAACUUAAGCUGGUUUGAAACUGGAUUGUAUCUCCAAGUUAAACUGGUUUGAAACUCGGUUGUAACUUAAAGUUAAGCUGGUUUGAAACUGGAUUGUAACUCAAAGUCAAGCUAGUUUGAAACUGGAUUGUAACUUAAAGUUAAGCUGGUUUGAAACUUAGUUAUAACUCAAAGUCAAGCUGGUUUGAAAUUGGAUUGUAACUCAAAGUCAAGCUGGUUUGAUACUCUCAUGUAACGCAAAGUCAAGCUGGUUUGAAAUUGAAUUGUAACUCAAAGUCAAGCUGGUUUGAAACUCUCAUGUAACGCAAAGUCAAGCUGGUUUGAAAUUGGAUUGUAACUCAAAGUCAAGCUGGUUUGAAACUCUCAUGUAACUCAAAGUCAAGCUGGUUUGAAACUUAGUUGUAACUCAAAGUCAAACUAAAUGACUAAAUGCAAAUGAGACUACUUGAGUUUGAGUAAAUGAUGACAAAAUGUUCAUUUUUGAGUGAACUAUCCCUUUAAUAGAGUCAUGCUGGUACUUUUUAGAUUUUAUGAUGGAUCUAACAUCUUGGUUACAUUUAAAUGGUGUUGUCUGUCUUUCUGAAUGUAAACCACUGUCCACAUGGUACUGCUGUUGUUGAUAUCAGUAUCAACUUUUGAGUUAUUUUUAUAUAGUGGUACGUUGUGGUAUGUAGGCUGCAUAGGAUGUAUUAUAUACAGAUGUCAAUGUACUUAGCAAAAAUAUGCAUUUCAGAGUGUUAGACUUAAAAUGUUUUUGUUCACAGUUGCUUUUUAUUAAUAAAAAUAAAUUAUU